UAAGUUCGAUUUAUGCACACACUUCAGUUAGAGUAAUUUCAAAUCAGUAAUUAUGAGUUUAGCUGUUAUAAUUACUAUCUAGUAGGUACUCGUAUAGCAUACGUUUUGUAAAUGUGAAGAGCAAGUAGAAAGUACCUCAGUUGUUACUCCUACUCGAGGAUCGUUAUAUUACAGGCUAAUUGAGCUCCACUAUCAGAGAAUAGGACGCACUGGACCAAGCUGCAGAUCGACCUUCUCUACAGCGGUGAAGCUUAAAUAUUUGUUCAGUAGUAAUUCCCUUAAUUUUAGAAAACUAGAGGGUACUUGUUAGCUGAAAAUGGGAACAUUUGGUAACGCAGAAGAGUUAUAAAUACAAUUACAGUACUUUCGUUUCGACGUUUCUCAAUUGUGGUACGUAAUGAUUUUUGGUGUGUGUACUGCCACCUGUCGGAUCUCUAGGUCAGCUGUACCACUACAGUACUUCAAGCAAUCGAGCGUAGCGGCAAGUACAAGACAUAAGAAAAUGUCUGGCAAGCUGACUGAGGAGGAGCGAACACAAGUUCUCCAACCACUGUUGGAGAAAGGCUGGAAAGUUACAGAGAAUCGAGAUGCCAUUGCUAAGGAUUUUAUAUUUAACAAUUUCAAUGAGGUGGUCUGGUACCUCAUCAGUGACUGUGGCCUUGCUUCAUCAGUAAAGAGAACUUUUUAUCCAAGUGUUGCUGUGUUUCAGAGGUCAUGGAUACACAUUAAGAACAGAAUUGGACCCAAUAUACUAAUUUGAGGAACAUCUGUUGCUUAUAUGUUUAUUGUCCGACAAGAGUUACUCAGAAUUUAUCUACAGACAUGUAACCUAUCAUGCCUUUUGCACACUGCUUUCCAGAUAAGACAAGACCCACUCUUUUGCUUUUCCUCUUACACCUAGUACUUCUAGCUUGUUUAGUAGUAUUUUGUGGUCAAGUGUCAAAAGCCUUGGACAAGUCUGAGAAUAUGCCAAUAACAAUCAACCCCUUGUCGAAAGCUUAAAGUACCAUUUCAUAUGUAGCACACUGAAAAAUAACAAGCAUUAAAAAUUAUAAUGUUUGU